AUGGCACCAAGGACAAUGAAAGCAGUGGACAUAAGAAACGGCAAAGGUUCCGCCGACAAUCUCUUCAUCAACCCCGACACGCCUCUCCCCCAAGCCCAGCCUGGCCAAGCCCUCGUUAAAGUCAAAGCCUUCGGCCUCAACCGCAUGGACCUGAUCCAGCGAGAGGGCCACUACCCUUUGCCUCCUCAAGCACCCAGCACUUUAGGCGUCGAGUUCUCCGGCACCAUUGAGUCUUUUGGAGAUGGCGACCACGGCGACUUCAACGUCGGCGACGAAGUCUUUGGCCUAGCCUACGGCGGCGCCUAUGCCGAGUACAUUGCCGUGUCGUCCAAAAUGCUGCUGCAUAAGCCGGCGCACCUGAGCUUCGAGCAGGCGGCGGGUGUGCCGGAGACGUGGAUCACAGCGACUCAGGCGCUGCAUUUUGUACUGGGCGGGAUCGGCGAGCAGGGGAAGACGAUCUUGUGGCAUGCGGGAGCUUCGGGGGUGUCUAUUGCGGGCAUUCAGCUCUCGAAGCUUGCCGGCGCGAAACAAAUCUUUGCAACGGCGGGCUCGGCUGACAAGUGCAAAUUCAUCGAGAACGAGCUGGGCGCGACGGCAGCGUUCAACUACAAGGAACAGGACUGGGUGGAAGAGAUCAUGAAGAAGACCGAUGGCAAGGGUGUUGAUUUGGUCGUUGACUUUAUCGGCGCCAGUUACUUCCAGAAGAACCUGGAUGUGGUGGCUCGUGAUGGGCGCAUCUGCAUGCUGGGACUUAUGGGCGGUGCUGUAGCCGACAAGGUGGACAUCUCCAAGCUACUUUACAAGAGGGCCCGCGUGGAAGGGAGUACCCUCAGGAGCCGUGACGAGAACUAUCAGGGCCAGCUGAGGGACAAGUUGAGCCAAUACCUGCCCAAGUUCGAGAGCGGCGAGCUCAAAAUCUUCAUUGACACUGUCUUGCCCUUUGAGGAGAUCGUCAAGGCUCACAAGCAGCUUGAGGCGAACACGACCAUGGGCAAGAUUAUCUGCACUGUCUCAUAG